CCCAGGUCCAUGGAAAUGCAGGACUUAGCCAGUCCUCACAAUCGCAUGAGCAGCGCUGACACUUCGGCUUCCAAGCUGGACAAGACCAGCUUGGGUGGGACUCCGAUUACAUCCAAUGGGACUGGAGUGAUAACCAGCAGUGGCUACAGCCCCCGGUCCACCCAGCAGUACUCGCCACCCAUCUACCCCUCAAAGCCAUACCCGCACAUCCUGUCGGCGCCGGCGGCCCAGUCCAUGCAGGCGUAUGCAGGCCAGUCCCAGUUCAGCAGCAUGCCGCAGUCGUCCGUGUACAGCGCCUAUUCCCAGACGGGCCAGCCCUAUGGACUCUCCACGUAUGACUUGGGUGUUAUGUUACCCGGCAUCAAGACUGAGGGUGGAUUAUCUCAGUCGCAGCCCCCCCUACAGGCCGGGCUGAGCUACAGCCCAGGGUUCACCACGCCCCAGCCAGGCCAAACACCCUACUCACCCUAUCAGAUGCCCGGCUCCAGCUUCACCGCCUCCUCGGGCAUCUACGCCAGUGGCAACUCCGCAUCGAACGCCGCCAACUUCAGCGGCUCCCAGCAGGACUACCCUUCCUACACGGCUUUCGGGCAGAACCAGUACGCCCAGUACUACUCGGCCUCCACCUAUGGGGCGUACGUGACCCACAGCCCUGCCCUGGACGGCACCAGCUCCGCCUCCUCCACCUAUCAGCUGCAGGACUCGGUGCCCACCCUGGCGGGACAGGCGGCCGAACUCCACCCAGCGGACUUCGACACCGUGCAGAGUCCCUCCACCCCCAUCAAAGACCUGGAUGACCGGACCUGCCGGAGCUCGGGUUCAAAGGCCCGCGGUCGGGGGAGAAAGAACAAUCCAUCGCCCCCCCCAGACAGCGACCUGGAGCGCGUGUUUGUGUGGGACUUGGACGAGACCAUCAUUGUGUUCCAUUCACUCCUCACUGGGUCAUAUGCACAGAAGUACGGCAAGGACCCUCCCAUGGCUGUCACCUUGGGGCUGCGCAUGGAGGAGAUGAUUUUCAACUUGGCUGAUACUCAUUUGUUCUUCAAUGACCUGGAGGAAUGUGACCAGGUCCACAUCGACGACGUGUCGUCUGACGACAAUGGCCAGGACCUCAGUACUUACAGUUUUGCAACUGAUGGCUUCCAUGCAGCUGCAACCAGCGCUAAUCUCUGCCUAGCAACAGGCGUGAGAGGUGGGGUGGACUGGAUGAGGAAGUUGGCAUUUCGCUACCGAAGAGUAAAAGAGUUGUAUAGCACAUACAAAAACAAUGUUGGGGGCUUACUCGGACCAGCCAAGCGGGACGCGUGGCUGCAGCUACGGGCCGAAGUAGAGGCCCUAACGGACUCGUGGCUCACCAGCGCACUCAAGUCCCUGUCGAUCAUCAGCUCCAGGAGUAAUUGUGUCAAUGUGUUGGUGACGACGACUCAGCUCAUACCGGCGCUGGCUAAAGUGUUGCUUUAUAGUCUGGGUAGCGCCUUUCCCAUCGAGAACAUUUACAGCGCCACCAAGAUCGGAAAAGAGAGCUGUUUUGAGCGUAUAGUGUCCAGGUUUGGCACUAACAUAACAUAUGUUGUCAUUGGCGACGGGCGGGAUGAGGAGCAGGCGGCAAGCCAGCACAACAUGCCGUUUUGGAGAAUAUCGAGCCACUCCGACCUGCUGGCACUGCACCAAGCACUGGAACUAGACUACUUGUAAUUGUAUCAUAAAGCUGGAAGCUCCCUUUUUUUAUAUAUUUAAAACAGUACACUGCAACUACUUUUUUUUUCUCGUCUGUGAUUUUGAACCCCUGGCCUCCACGAACUGUCUCGAGAAGACAAGGACUCAACUUCUAAGCAGCAGUUACAGAAGGAGAUCCUGGUGUGUCUCAGACUCCCCACCCUGUUCAAGGUCUCGUUCUCAGUGUUUGUAUCCUUUCCAGGAGAGGUGUGAUAGGCACUGCUCAGUAGAUGACGUGAAAUCCCCCCCCACCCCUCCCAUCGCUUCCUGGAGAGAUUCUAGUGCUUUUGCCAUGGACUCCAACCCCCAGAGCUUCAAAACAAAACUGGCCCUCGUUACUCUCAUCCCAGCUUAUACCGCACCUACCUACCGACUCACCUACCUGCCCCAGCGAAACUAGCGAUAGAGCUGCACAGAGUAUGACAAUCAAGUCUAGAUUUACCAUUUUGUGUAAAUUAUUUUACAGUUACUAGUUUAAUGUGGACGUGGACAAGUUUGGAAAUUAAGACUUAAUUUUAUCUCUUUUGUAAGUUUCUGCAGAGAACGUGCAUAAUGAUUUGUUGUGCCUUAAAGUGUGUUCAUUGUAAUUUUGUUUUUAAGAACAUGUAGAUUUAAAAAAAAAAAAUCUUUGUGAUAAUUUUUUUUGACCAAAUUUGCUGAGUGUGAGGUUGGCGGUUCUGGUUGCUGAGCCGUCGAGCCCUUGGCUGAAGCCAGAUGGAAAAAUAAAGCGGUUUGAGUUAA